AAAUAGAAAAAAAAUAAUAAUAAUAAAGGAGGCUCCAAAAUUGCUCUUCUUUGUAAUACCAAACCAUCAACAGAAGAGAAGAACAAAGUCUCUUCUACACAAAUCCUUCAUGAAAUCUUAAAUCCUCUUCAAUUUUUUCUUAUUCCUCUCAAUUUUCAUUUUAUACACACUGGUAGUUUCAAAUACAACUCAAUUUGUCGCUCUGUAUUGUUUCAAUCUCAAACCCUAAUCCUUCAGAGCACAUUCAAAUUUCACGGUAAUCACAGAGUUGGAAGAUCGGAUUCGAAGAAGUAGUGUAGAGAGAGAGGAGGGGAAGAGGAUGAGUAACCAGAAGAAAAGGAAUUUCCAGAUAGAGGCGUUCAAGCACAGAGUGGUGGUGGAUCCCAAAUACGCCGACAAGACUUGGAAGAUUCUGGAGCACGCGAUCCAUGAGAUUUACAAUCAUAAUGCUAGCGGACUCAGCUUUGAAGAACUCUAUAGAAAUGCUUAUAAUAUGGUUCUGCACAAAUAUGGUGAGAAGUUGUACUCUGGGCUGGUUACAACCAUGACUUCACAUCUCAGAGAAAUUUCAAAAUCUAUUGAGGCGGCUCAGGGAGAUUCAUUUCUUGAAGAGUUGAACAGGAAAUGGAAUGACCAUAAUAAAGCGCUGCAAAUGAUUAGAGACAUACUAAUGUACAUGGACAGGACUUACAUACCGAGUACUGAUAAGACCCCUGUUCAUGAACUGGGCCUGAACCUGUGGAGGGACAACAUUAUACACUCCAGCAAAAUUCAUACAAGGCUUCUAAAUACACUUCUUGAAUUGGUACUUAGAGAACGGACUGGUGAAGUUAUUAACCGGGGACUGAUGAGGAAUAUAAUUAAGAUGCUUAUGGAAUUGGGUUCUUCUGUUUACCAAGAAGACUUCGAGAAGCCUUUCCUUGAGGUCUCAGCGGAAUUUUACCGGGGUGAAUCUCAGAAGUUCAUCGAGUGUUGUGAUUGUGGCGAGUAUCUAAAGAAAGCUGAGAGACGUCUUAAUGAAGAAAUGGACAGAGUGACCCACUAUUUGGAUGCCAAGAGUGAAGUUGAGAUAACUAAUGUGGUUGAGAAGGAGAUGAUUGCUAAUCACAUGCUUAGAUUGGUCCACAUGGAGAAUUCGGGCUUGGUAAAUAUGCUUCUUGAUGAUAAGUAUGAAGACAUGGGAAGAAUGUACAAUUUGUUUCGUAGGGUCCCCAAUGGGCUUUCAACAAUCAGAGACGUGAUGACUUCUCACCUCAGGGGCACUGGUAAAGAGUUGGUCACUGAUCCAGAAAAGUUGAAAGACCCUGUUGAGUUUGUCCAGCGGCUGUUGGAUGAAAAAGAUAAGUAUGAUAAUGUAAUAAGCAUGGCAUUUAACAAUGACAAGACAUUCCAGAAUGCGUUGAAUUCCUCUUUUGAAUAUUUCAUUAAUUUGAAUCCUCGUUCGCCUGAGUUCAUUUCAUUAUUUGUGGAUGACAAACUUCGCAAAGGUUUGAAGGGUGUAAGUGAGGAGGAUGCGGAGAUUAUUCUUGACAAGGUGAUGAUGUUGUUUCGCUACCUGCAGGAGAAAGAUGUAUUUGAAAAGUAUUAUAAACAACAUUUAGCUAAGCGGCUCUUGUCUGGGAAAACUGUCUCUGAUGAUGCAGAGAGGAGUCUGAUAGUCAAGCUUAAGACUGAAUGUGGCUACCAAUUUACUUCAAAGUUAGAAGGCAUGUUCACGGACAUGAAAACAUCCCAGGACACAAUGCUAGGGUUUUAUGCAAGCCACCCUGAGCUUGCGGAUGGCUCUACCCUAGUUGUUCAGGUUUUGACUACAGGGUCCUGGCCCACUCAGCCUACCGUCACUUGCAACUUGCCUGUUGAAAUGUCAGCACUAUGUGAGAAGUUCAGGUCAUAUUAUCUAGGGACUCAUACUGGUCGGAGAUUAUCCUGGCAAACUAAUAUGGGUACUGCAGAUAUCAAAGCAACAUUUGGAAAGGGUCAAAAGCAUGAGUUGAAUGUCUCCACUUACCAAAUGUGUGUUCUCAUGCUGUUUAACAAUGCCGAUCGCCUGAGCUACAAGGAGAUUGAGCAGGCCACUGAGAUUCCGUCUUCAGAUUUGAAGAGGUGUCUGCAAUCUAUGGCUUGUGUGAAGGGAAAGAAUGUUCUUCGAAAAGAUCCUAUGAGUAAAGAAAUUGGGGAAGAUGAUGCAUUUUUUGUGAAUGACAAGUUUACUAGCAAAUUGUACAAGGUGAAGAUAGGAACGGUUGUUGCACAAAAGGAAUCAGAGCCAGAGAAGCAGGAGACCAGGCAGAGAGUGGAAGAGGAUAGGAAGCCGCAGAUUGAAGCAGCAAUAGUCAGGAUAAUGAAAUCAAGGAGGGUGCUGGAUCAUAACAAUAUAAUCACUGAGGUAACUAAGCAGUUGCAAUCUCGCUUCCUGGCCAACCCUACUGAGAUUAAGAAGCGGAUCGAGUCUCUAAUAGAGAGGGAUUUCUUGGAGAGAGACAACGAUGAUAGGAAAUUGUAUCGAUAUCUCGCCUAAAAAAUUUCUGGAGCAGACUACUUUCUUGUCUGAUGGUUUAUCAUUGGCAGUUGGAAUUGUAUUUGGUAAGCUGAAAAUUGUUCUGUUUCUUCAAGCUUCAUUGGGCUUUAAUGCACAUCCAUUUAUUUCCUUGUCUUUUUAAUUGAUUGCAUAAUGCCUGCCUCAGUUGCAAUCUCGUAUAUAUGGUAUACGUUGUAUGUGCGUCUCAUGUCCAUUGAUUUAUGAUAAUGGCAAAGUAGCUUGUUAGCA